AUGAGCAGCCCGGCCGCGCUCCGCGAGGGCUACGAGCACUUCGACCCCCGCGCGUACCUGCGCAACAAUUACCUCCCGCCCCGCGCCGACUUCUCCUCCGAGGAGUUCGUGGUGCCCUGGAAGCUGCGAUGCCUGGCCGAGACCUUCGCCAGCGGUGAGAUCCGCGGGCGCACCUUGAUCGAUGUGGGCUCGGGUCCCACCAUCUACCAACUGCUGAGCGCCUGCGACCACUUCGAGGAGAUCGUGGCCACCGAUUACCUGGCGGUGAACCGGGAGGAGCUGGGCCGGUGGGCGCGGGGCGAGCCCGGAGCCUUCGACUGGAGCCCCUUCAUCCAGCACGUCUGCAAGAUCGAGGGGCGCGGGGAACCGUGGCAGGACAAGGAGCGGCGCCUCCGCCAGCGCCUCCGGCGGAUCCUUCCCAUCGACGUGCACCGCCCGGAGCCCCUGGGGGCCCCGCUGCGCCCCCCGGCCGACGCUCUGCUCUCCGCCUUCUGCCUGGAAGCCGUGAGCCCCGACCGCGCCGCUUUCGUGCGAGCGCUGGCCCACGUGGGCAACCUGCUGCGGCCGGGGGGCCACGCUCUGCUGCUGGGAGCCCUGGGCGAGUCGUUCUACCUGGCGGGCGCCGCUCGCCUGCCCGUGGUGCCGCUGCGGGAGCCGGACGUGCGGGAGGCGCUGGCGGCCGCGGGGUUCGCGCUGCGGGAGCUGCGCAGUUACGCGAUGCCCCCCGCGCUCCGCACCGGCGUGGACGAUGUGGAUGGCGUGUUCUUCGCCCACGCGCAGAAACCGAUGGAAGGUUGAAGGGGAAUCCCACCCCCGCCCGCCCCGCGGAAAUUUUUUGGGAAUCUCCACCCCCUAAAAAAGUUGGGUGAGGUGGAGUUGCCUCCGGCUCUUUGGUGUUUUGGGGGGUGGUGAUA